AUGGUGCAGGUGUGCCAGCUUGUGGACAUGGGCUUCCCGCGCGCCGACGCCGUGCGCGCGCUGGAGCAGUCGAACGCCAGCCUCGAGCAGGCCGUCGCGCUCCUCUGCGCGGGCACGCUCGGCGCGGAGCCGGAGCCGGCGCCGCCCGUGCGGUCCGCGGCGCUGCUCCCCGCAGAGGCGCUGCCCUCCAUCACAGGGCGGCGCCUCUGCGAGGACCAGCACCCGGGCGGCGAGCACCCGGGCGGCGAGCACAGCGCCCGCACCGCUGCGGCGCAGGAUCCCCCGCUGGGCCCGGUGGCGCUGCGGUGGGCCGACGACCCCGAGAUGAGUGCGGGCCAGGAGCUGCCUGGCGUGCGGGAGCCUCUGGCGAGCCCUCGCAAGGACGGUCUGCCCUGCGGCCUGCUCAACAUCGGCAACACGUGCUACGUGAACUCCCUGCUCCAGACCCUGCUUCACAUCGCCGAGUUCCGCGAGAGCAUGCUGGCGUACAGGACGCCCGCGGAGGCCGGCGGGCCGGGCGAGGCACAGGACGCACGGGCAGAGCCAGAAGUGGAGCAGGGCCGCCCCAGCGAGGCGCCGGGCGCUGGCCAGCGGCGAGCGCACUGCCUGAAGCUGUCCUCUGAGCUGCGGCGCUUGUUCGCCUACAGCCUCUUCACGGCCCGGAGCUGCAUGGACCCGUCGAGGCUGCUGAGCGAGCUCGUCGAUCAGCGCGGGCAGAAGCUGCCCAUCGGCAGCCAGGAAGACGUGGGCGAGUUCAUGCUCAAGUUCAUGGAGCAGCUCGACGAGGGCGUCCGCGCGGGCCGGGUGGAGUCGUGGCCUGGGCCUCAGGAGGCCGUGCAGCGAGCCCUUGGCGUCGGCGGUGCGGGGCUGGACGCCGGCAAAGGCAGCGCAGAGGGCACCAGCGACGGCGGCGCCGUGCAUCAGGCCGGCGACCCUCCUGGAUGCAGCGAGGCGGCCCUCGGCAGCAAGGACACGGCAGCUGCACCCGAGGCCGGCGGCCCCGCCUGUGAGAGCCAGGGCGAGGCCGAGGAGAAGGGCGAGAGGGGUACGGAGGCAGCGCCGGCCGAGAAGAAGGGCGACCCCCUGGAGCAGCAGGAGAGGGUCUCGCUGCUGCAGAAGCUGUUCUUCGGGGAGCAGACCCAGAUCCUGACCUACGGCCCGAGCUCUCCAGAGGGCAGCCCCACGAAGGACGGCUCGAUGGACGAGGGCGAGGGUCUGCUCCAGAAGGGCGGCGAAGCUGGCGAGGAGAGCCAGGUCACUGCCAGCGAGGAAAGGAGCGACUUCCUCCAGAUUUUCUUGGAGGUAAACCGCGGGGACUUCUACGAGGCCUGGGAGGCGGCCAACUGCACUGAGGUGGACUACACCACCCCUGGCGGCGAGGCCACGACCGCGAGCAAGAGCAUAUGGAUCGAGCGGCUGCCGAAGGUGCUCUUCUUCCAGCUGCAGCGGGUGGGCUUCGACCAGGAGAACAAGGCGCAGGUAAAGCUGCACGACCCGUUCCACUUCCCCUCCAAGGUUUACGCGGACCGCUUCCUGCGGCCCAACCGGGCGGCGGCGGCGCGGGCCGCCGGUCGCGUGCGCGGGCUGCGGCGGCGGCGCGCGGAGCUGGCGGGCGCCCUGCGGGGCUUCGAGGCUUGCCAGCCAGGGGCGUCGGCCGAGCAGGUGCUCGGCUGGGCGGCCGACUGCCUGGACGGGAACAGUGCCGCGGUGGCGUCCAAGCCUGGCAGGCCCGGCGCCGGGGAGGCCGGCGCUGCGUCCGCGGACACGCGCACCCGCACCGCGUGGCGGUCGCGGGGGCCGCCGGAGCCGCAGAGUUAG